GCAUCCUCCUCUUCCCGCAAUUGUAUCUCUAGUCUCUCCUUCUCUGCUGCUGCUGCUAUUUUCGAUAAUUAUCUACAAGUAUUUUGUAUCGAUUUUUCUGAUAGGAUUUUUUGUUAGCAUUUUGAUGGGUUUCAAGCUGUUAAAUAUACUAUUGAGUUUGUUUUGGUGUUGUUUUUCUUAUAAUUCUACUUGAAAUUCGCAUAAUCCUUUUCCAUAUGAUACCGAUUUUCUCACAAUCGCUGUUCAUCGUCAUCCCUCAUUCGCAUAAUCCUUUUUCUUAUAACAAGUGUUUUUGAUUUCCAGGUGAAGAGUGAUGAGACAACACUUGAUAGAGACGUGGAAUAUUUGGACAAGGAGGGUACCUAGACUAACUGCUCAGUCUUUCACUCCGGAUGUUAAGAGUUGCUCAAAUCAUCCGACUGUUAAGCCUCGUCUAAAGUUUUCGAUGAGAGAGACGAAUCUGUACUUUGAUAUUCAGUUCAAGAGAGCCGCUCUUACGGUUUCCCCAUCUGUUGUUUCUCUUGUAUCUUUCACAGGCGAGGAGGAAUUGUAUCAAUGUUCUGGAACAAUUAUUGAGAGUUAUGAUGAUUACACUGGUAUAGUUAUAACUUCCGCGAAUCUUAUUAGACCUCAAACUGAAUGUGCAUGUGCCGAAAACAUUCUUGCAGACAAACUUAAGGUUUUUGUAAAGCUUUCAGAUGGUAGAUCAUUUGAUGGAAAAGUUUGUGCAUAUCAUUUCCAUUACAACCUUGUAGUAUUAAGUUAUAAGUCGGAUUCCCCACUUCAGAGUGCAACAUUGAGACAAUUAGAAGAUUGUCUUCAUUUGAAUCCAAGCCAACUCAUAAAUUCCGAGGAGAAAUCAUUUCAACUCUGUCCUCAUUCAAAUCCAAUGAUCCUUCAUUCAAGAUCAAUGAUCCUUUCUCCCGGAGAUGAUGUUGUUGCAGUGGGGCGUUACUUUGAUACCCCUUUUGAUCUUAUGGCAGCUCCCGGUGAAUAUUGUCUUGAUCGUUGCGAAUACGAUUGUAGUGAGCUAUUCAUGUCGACUUGCCGCAUGACAAGAUGUGGUGAUGGGAGCCCCCUAAUCAAUAUUUCUGGAGAGGUAAUCGGCAUCGCGUUUCAUGACGUCAGCUUUACUCCUUUUAUGCCCAUAAACAUGGCUUACAAAUGGUGGGAGCACUACAAGAUUUAUAGGGAACUCCGUCGACCUUCUUUGGGAAUGCAGGCAAUUUCCUUCCACGCAGCUCGUUUACGUAUUGCCGAGAAAGUUAUUCAGAGAUUUCCUAGCAUUUCCAAAGGUGUUAUUGUCGAUAAGGUAAUAUCAGGCUCUUCUGCUGAAUCUGCUGGCUUACGUCUGCAUGAUGUUAUAGUUCAGUGUGGUGGGAAAGUGGUUAAUUGUUUCUUGCAGCUUCUUGAGAUAAUGUGGGAUAAUGUCGGACAUGUUGUGGAUUUGGUUGUGGUACGAGCCGAUCAUGUUACCCCUUUAACUCUUAAACUGAUGAUUGUUGAGUCUGCAUCAGAUAAUAGUUGGCCUUAUUGGAAUUAACGGUGAUACUUCAAUCAUUACAACGUGUCACCAACGGGAAUAUUAUAGAGAGGAGGUCACUUUGCUGCUGGCGUUGGAUAUAAAAAUCAUGGUUCAUUCAGCCGAACCAUAAUCCAUCCGAUUGGGAUUCUAGCUUCGGCACACUCUGAUUUUGGUAGUAUUCCUGAACAGUAUAUUGAUGUUCGUACUUGGUAGUAGGUAGUAGGUAGUAUUUCUGAACAAUAUAUUGUUUUUAAUUAGUGAAACUAACCCUUAAGUUAAAUAGCCCUCAUUUUUAAUGAAGUGUAUAAGUGUUUUUUUCUCA